AUGGGAAACAUGUCAAAUGUGGUUGUCCUCUGCUUCUGUCUCUGGACCCUAUUGUUUUCUCUGGUAUCGUCUGCACCCAAUGAUGGCUUGCGUAGGAUUGGACUGAGAAAGAUCAAAUUGGAUAGCGAUGACGUUAUGCGGUUGAAGGAAUUGCGGUGUUCGGAUAGAAAUAAUGAUCUUCAGGACAUCCUUGGAGGUGCUGAGGACACCGAUAUUGUUGCGUUGAAGAAUUACUUGGAUGCUCAGUACUAUGGUGAAAUAGCCAUUGGUACCCCUCCUCAGACGUUCACUGUGAUUUUUGACACGGGUAGCUCUAAUUUGUGGGUGCCAUCUUCUAAAUGUUACUUAUCGCUUGCCUGUUACACACAUGCUAAGUACAAGUCUAGCAAAUCCAGCACCUACACAGAAAAUGGGACUUCUGCUGCGAUUCAAUACGGCAGUGGAGCAAUUUCUGGUUUCUUUAGCAAUGACAAUGUCAGAGUUGGUGACGUAGUUGUAAACAACCAGGCAUUUAUUGAAGCAACUAGAGAACCUGGAGUUACAUUUGUGGCAGCUAAGUUUGAUGGUAUACUAGGCCUUGGAUUUCAAGAGAUAUCAGUUGGAAAUGCUGUUCCAGUGUGGUACAAUAUGGUUGAACAAGGUGUUAUAAAGGAUCCAGUAUUUUCAUUUUGGUUAAAUCGUAAUCCAGAAGAAGAGAAUGGGGGUCAGAUUGUUUUUGGUGGCUCUGAUCCUGCUCACUACAGGGGCAAACAUACUUAUGUACCAGUGACAAGAAAAGGAUAUUGGCAGUUUGACAUGGGAGAGGUGCUUAUUGCCGGUAAACCGACUGGAUUCUGUUCUAGUGACUGUUCUGCAAUUGCGGACUCUGGAACUUCUUUGUUGGCUGGUCCAACGACUGUGAUUACUGAGAUAAAUCAAGCAAUUGGAGCAUCUGGAGUUGUAAGCAAAGAAUGCAAGUCUGUGGUCCAACAGUAUGGACAAACAAUCUUGGCAUUGCUCUUAACUGAAGCAAAGCCUGAAAAAAUCUGCUCACAAAUUGGAUUGUGUUCCUUGACUCGUGGUGUUGGCAUGGGUAUUGAGAGUGUUGUGGAUAAGAACGAAAGAAAAUCAUCGGGUGGCAUUCGGGAUGCUGCUUGUUCAACAUGUGAGAUGGCUGUUAUUUGGAUGCAGAACCAGCUGAGGCAGAAUCAGACAGAAGAUCGGAUAAUAGACUAUGUCAAUGGGCUUUGUGAUAAGUUGCCCAGCCCAAUGGGACAAUCAUCCGUUGAUUGUGGAAAACUCUCUUCAAUGCCUAUUGUUUCCUUCACUAUUGGUGGAAAAGUUUUUGACCUUUCUCCAGAGGAGUAUAUACUGAAGGUGGGAGAAGGUCCUGAAGCCCAAUGCAUCAGUGGUUUCAUUGCUAUGGAUGUGCCUCCUCCUCGUGGCCCUCUAUGGAUCCUUGGAGAUGUCUUCAUGGGGAGCUAUCACACCAUAUUUGAUUAUGGUCAGCAGAGAGUCGGAUUCGCUAAAGCUGCAUAG